AAAACCUUUAUAACAGUAACUAACACGAAAUGUCUCAUGAUUCAUCCGAGGAAGAUUUAUCCGAAACUGAAGCACCCAUACAGUCGAAGAUUUUGCCUGUUAAUAAUGUGAAUGGUCUAAAAGGAAAAUUGGAAGAAAUCAAGUUAAACUUAGAUUGGUCUGAAAAGCUGAGCAUUUCUAUUCAUAAUGCAAGUGAAGAACCAAAAGAUGAAAAAGAAAACAAUGCAACUGAAGCUGAGAGUGAUUUCAAAAGAGAAAUGUCUUUCUACAAUCAAGCUUCAGUUGCAGCAUCAAAAGCUCUAAUAAGAUUAAAAGGACUGGGAAUUCCUACAAAAAGGCCUAAUGAUUAUUUGGCAGAAAUGGCCAAGAGCGAUGCGCACAUGGUUAAGGUACGAGAAAAAUUGCUGAGUAAACAAGCUGCCAUAGAAAGGACUGACAAAAUUAGAGAGAUACGUGAACAGAAGAAGCUUGGGAAAAAGGUUCAAAUUGAAGUGAUGGAACAAAAGAAAAUGGAGAAGAAAAAAAUGAUAAAUGCACUCAAGAAAGCAAAAAAAGGAAAAAUGUCAGCGGAAAAUUUGUUAAAUGAGGAUAAAAGAGGAAUUGGAAAGAAAAGAAGAGGUAAAAAAUUUCGAGAAUUCAAAAAUGACAAAUAUGGAUAUGGAGGCAAGAAAAAAUAUUCCAAGUGGAAUACUUCUGAAAGCAGUUCCCACUUUCCUGGAGAAGAGAAAGAGAGGGAAAAAAAGAAAUUGAACAUUGAUAAGCGACAUAAGUUUAAGCCUCGUGGCAAGAAAAGACCGAGAAAAAGAUGAGCUUUGGAGAACAUAUUCGUUGUUUGGAAUUUUUGUAAUAAAUUUGACUUUUUUAAAAGAAAUAA